GCUACCUCUGUGUGAAUGUGAGCCAGCCAGAGAGCGAACAACCAAAUGAGUGUGUGUGAGAGAGUUGCUGCAUCUCUGCAUGUGUGUGAGAGAGUGAGGUAGUUGCAGUGUGUGAGUCGUGCUCUCACAGAGGAGCUAAGCCAGCCAGCGCAGUUUUAGAGGCUCUGAAAGAGCACUCUCUCCUCUCCUCCUUUUCUCUCCCUCUUUUUCUGGACAACACUGAUUCAAAGGACUGCCAUUUGGACUAUCUAAACCCCCGGCACUUUCUGUACUGACCUGGCUUCACCUGUGUGUGUAAGACGAAAGACAGAGGACUUUGCCCCUGGUUUGAGGGGCGCGUUGGAUGACUUCUAUGGAUGAGGGCUUGGCCGGUGGAGUGUUGGGCCAGGGGGACCACCAUGGCUCCCCCCAAAUAAUGGAUGGGCGUGUUGACAAAGCCCUUGCACAUCCGGUCCUCAUGUGCACGCGGGUGUCCCUUAACCCAGAGCCUGGGUGCCAUCUAUUCCCAGAGGGAGAGGAGAAAGGAGAGGUGGAGGGCAGAGAGAGGGCAGAGUUAGACAUGGACAGUGCUGUGGAGAGCAACCCAGGAUCAGAUGUCUCUGAAGGGGGGAGGAGUAGAGGAGACAAGGAGGAUGGACUGGGAGGACUUUUCUUUCCUGGAGACAAGUGCAGUCAGCUAAACCCAUCGGUGACCUCUGACCUGUCGACGCGUUCCUCUGCCUCUCUGAACGAGGAGCAGUUUGAGGACUACGGAGAGGGAGAGGACGUGGACUACACUCCCAGCAGCCCCUGCCCCGAGGACGAGACGCGCACCAACGGCUACUCUGACCUGGGCUCCUCUGUACCCUCCAGUGCUGGCCAGAGCCCCAGGAAGACACGCCACCUGUACAACAAUGAGAUGAUGGACGUGUACUGUUCCCAGUGCUGUAAGAAGGUCAACCUACUCAACGACCUGGAGGCCAGGCUGAAGAACCUCAAAGCCAACAGCCCCAAUAGGAAAAUCUCCAGCACAGCCUUUGGCAGGCAGCUCCUCCACACCAGUAACUUCAGCAGCAGCAACGGCAGCACGGAGGACCUGUUCCGAGACAGCAUCGACUCCUGUGACAUCGACAUCACUGAGAAGGUGAGUUACCUAGAGAAGAAGGUAGCAGAGUUGGAGAAUGACACACUGAUGAACGGAGAUCUCAAGUCCAAGCUAAAGCAGGAGAACACACAGCUGGUUCACAGGGUCCACGAGUUGGAGGAGCAGUUGAAGGACCAGGAGGCGCGGGCAGAGCAGAACACAGAGGAGGAGCAGAGACGACACCGUGAGGCCUACAGCAGGAUGGAGAGAGACAAGAACACUGAGCUAGAGCUGCUACUCAACCGAGUCCAACAGCUAGAGGAGGAGAACGGGGAUAUAUCGGUGAACAUGUGCAGACUGAAGUCUCAGACAGAGAAACUGGACGAGGAGAAGCAGCGUAUGACAGACAAGCUGGAGGACACCAGUCUAAGGCUGAAGGAUGAGCUGGACCUCUACAGGAAGAUGAUGGACAAGCUGAGGCAGAACAGACACGAGUUCCAGAAGGAGAGGGAGGCCAUGCAAGAGCUGAUUGAGGACCUUCGUCGGGAGCUGGAGCACCUGCAGCUGUUCAAACUGGAGACAGAGAAGCCUGGCCACGGCCACAGCUCCUCCUCUGGGCUGACGGAGUUCAACGCCAAGACCAGAGAGAUGGAGCUGGAGCAUGAGGUCAAGAGACACAAACAGCGGUUUGUCUCGCAGGAUUUUCCUCUGACCUCUGACCUCCACCACCUCGUAGUAUCCGCUGGGGCACGCCUCCGUCACGGUCAGACGGAGAACCUGAAACUGAGAGAACAGAACGACGACCUGAAUGGUCAGAUCCUCAGUCUGAGUCUUUAUGAGGCUAAGAACCUGUUUGCCACCCAGACCAAGGCCCAGUCACUGGCUGCUGAGAUAGACAACGCCUCACGUGACGAUUUGAUGGAGGCCCUCAAGGAGCAGGAGGAGAUCAACUUCCGUCUGCGGCAGUACAUGGACAAGAUCAUUUUGUCUAUCCUGGACCACAACCCCUCCAUAUUGGAGAUCAAGACCAACUAGAACCCCCCUACUAGAAACGCACUACUAGAACUCCCACCGGGAAUGGGGAAUUUGAAAGGGAAAGGAAGACUAGCCACGCUGGGGCCUGGGACAGCUAGACAUCAUUGCCCCCUGCUGCCCCAGGAGUGGAACUGUGAACUUGGGUGUAUUCAUUAGGCACAAAACAGAAGAAAACAGACUGAAACUGGGAGGUACUACCGGGACUUAGAAACACUUGUUUUUGUGUUCUGUUGCGAAACGUUUUGCUACGACCUGGCCUAAUGAAUACGGCCCUGUUUUCUCUCAGCGACUGGAGCUAUAGUGGAUUUUCUGUGUUGACGACUAAAGGGAGUUUUGGUACUUCACCGUCGUACUUCUGUUCUAUUCUGUGACUCAUCAACAGAUGUUGGUAUCUCCCUCAUACUCCUUCGUGCACUUUCUUCUAUGUUCUCUAUUGUUUCCUCACAGCCUCAUCUUUAGUCUAAAACACAAUCGAGAUGAAUUAUUACUGGGGAAAAUAAUUAUACUGGGCAGGUGCUUUGAAUAUGUAGGGCAUUACUGGUUGUUGAACACUGGAUAUAUGUACUCUAGUAGUGUAUGUAGAAACAAUGUGAACAAAAACCUAUUCACCUGCAACAGCGUGUGUUGUAGCCAUUGGAGAAUAAAGGAACAGAGAGAGGCUGGCAGAUAGCCACACAGAGAUCUUUAGCUUCCAGACAACCCUAUCCCCACUGUUUCCUUAAAGUGGAUCUGUGUUCGGUCGCUGAAGACCGGUAUGUGGGUAGAGGCACGUUGAUGAAGAAAGCAAAGCAGCACGUGUUUCUGUGAGUAAGAAGAGUGACAGAAAGAGAUGAAAGGAGGGAGAGAAGGAGCGAGAAAGUAUUGUACAAGCAUCUCCAUGUCAAAAGGUAUUGGCUUUGACUGAAGUAGAUAUCAGUCAUGUGAAGUGAUAAUGAGAGGCAGCAGAACUUGGUGUGAUGGAAUGCAUUCAGGAGGAUGGAAUGGCUUAGUGAAGUCAAAGAAGGAACAGGUGAAGUGUAUCGGUCAGUACAGUACAGGGGAAGAGAAGAGAAGAAUGCCUUCCUAGGGAACUCUGAGAUGACGGUACAGUAUGAUCUGUGUAGAGUAAUACUGUAUGAUAAAUCCAUAUUGUAAAUUCUUAACUCACACAGUGAGUUGUUAAUUCGCUGGUAAAGAAUUUCAAGAUGCCAAUUCCUCUUAAUCAUGGGUUCCCAUUCAUUAUUUUCUACUCAGACAUUCUGUAGUAAGUCUGUCUAAAUAAGUUGGUUAGACCCAGGAUAUCUGCCAUGAAGGAUGUCCCAUUGCAUUAAGCUGUUAUAGCUACCCUCACAAAAAACUAUAGUAUACUAUGGAAUAAAUACUAUAGUAUUCACUGUAGUGUUUUUGCAGACUUUUUUUCUGACUUACGGAGUCCGCAAAAACACUGCAGUGAAUACUGCAGCAUUUAUUUUAGUAUUUACUGUAGUAUACUGUAGUAUUUACAGUUAACUAAAGUAUAAAUACUGUAAUAAUAGAAAACUGUAGUGUAUACUAUAGUAAUAAUGUAUUGUUUUUGCGGUUUGUGGUAUUUACUGUAGUGUUUUUGCAGACAAAACUGUAGUAUUUACUACAGUGUUUUUGUUUUAUUAUCUUUGACAUAGAAAUUUAAGCUUUCUCUUUCAGGAAAGCUACUGGAGAAAUACCAAAAGAGCACAUUUUCCAUAAAAUGUAGGUAGGACUGGGGUCUAAACAGACUGUUCAGUGCUUCUGCUCUUUUCUAUAACCUGUAGAGAACACACUAUAUGGUCUAUACUUGGCAUGUAGGUUUCUCAUUUAAGGGUGGCACAAAUUGCGACAUGGGGGAGGGGAAUGGGCAGGUUAUAUGCAAGUAAGAUACUGUAGUAUUUACGACAGUGCUUUUUUAUGGCUAACACUACAAUAUUUACUAUAGCUCCUACAGUAUACAAUAACAUUACAUAGUACUACUGUUCACAUGAGCGAGGGAUACUACAGUGUGUAGUAUAGUAUAGUACAGUUUACUCUAGAAUUAUAUAGUAAGUACUUUAGUAUUCUAUAGUAUAAUAUAGUGUUUUUUAUGUGGGUAUUAGCCUAUAUGCUUUAUAUUUCUGUGUCGGACACUGCCACUCCACUCUCCCUAUAUCCAUACUGAAAUAGAGACAAACCCUGCCAGCACACAGGGCUGCCAAGUCAACAGCAUAACAAUGUACAAGCACAUGAAUGUAACCCAAUGGAUGUGAAUGUACAGAAUACUUAAUGCAUUCUGCAUAGAGAUAGAUACAGUAUUUAUCUCUAUGUUGUUCCACAUCUCAAUGUGUUUUAUGAAUUUCCUCUGGGUGUUAAGCCAUGUCAGUCUGGCUCAUUGAAUCAUCCCUAUCAUCUCUAUAUAAGAUCCUGUAGUAUACUGCGGUAUAUUCAUCAGAAGUUCACUUACUGUAGACUAGAGUUUGGUACUAAUAAGACUGGAAUAGCAAUCAUACUGGAGUCUAUACAGAGUAUAUGGGUAGUGUUUGCCCUUUGGCUAGUAUACUGUAAAUAUCAUGAAUGUCUCACAUAGCUAACAUUCUCUCUGUUAAAACCUAAUGGGUUUUUGUGUACAAAUCUACAUUUUGUUGACAGUUUUCAAAUGUCAUACAGUAGGCCUUUGCUGUACUACUGUAUUCGAGUGGGCGUUGAUAGGCAAAGGGGAUAAUCUGCUGUAAAUUAAAUAGCUCUAAACGUACAUUUUGCUUCCUUGCACAAAAAUAUGUCGUUUUUUCUUCUUUUUGCAUGAUCUCACAUUUUCUGGUAUUCGUGCCUUUAAAACAGUAUAUAGCUAUGUUGUUUAGACAACGUAAUAAUGAAUAUUUUUACUGUUGCUUUAAAAUCUGUGUCUGAACGAUGUUCAUGACUUGUAAAUGUUGUACAGGAUUUGUAUUGUGCCACUCACCACACUUUUACUAUUUUAUACAGUUCUAUCAGGAAAUGGCCAGGUAAUCAACUCUAGUUUACAAAACUGUUACAGCACAGGUUUAUUUUUAUUUAUUUAUUUAUUUUUGUACUUUUUACCCCUUUUUCUCCCCAAUUGGUAGUUACAGUCUUGUCUCAUUGCUGUAACUCCCGAACGGACUCGGGAGAGCCGAAGAUCUACUCCGAAACAUGACCCUGCCAAGCCGCACUGCUUCUUGACACACUGCUUGCUUAACCUGGAAGUCAGCCGCAUCAAUGUGUUGCAGGAAACACUGUACAACUGGCAACCAAAGUCAGUGUGCAUGCCCCCGGCCCGCCACAGGAGUAGCUAGAGCACGAUGUGACAAGGACAACAGCUGGCCAUACCCUCCCCUAACCCAGACGAAGCUUGGCCAAUUGUGUGCCACCUCAUGGGUCACCCUGUCACGUCUGGCUGCGACACAGCCUGGGAUGGAACCCGGGUCUGUAGUGAUGCCUCAAGCACUGCGAUGCAGUGCCUUAGACCGCUGCACGACUUAGGGGGCUCAGCACAAGGUUUUUUAUUUAAAAACAGAUGAGCGUUGGGGGAAUAUCUAGGUUGACACAGAAACAGAAAAACUAUCUAUGAAUGCAGUGUCCAUUGCUUUUCAGGUUGCUUUGGUUUCUGUGUCCUUUCAAAGUAUGUUGAUAAGUUUUCCCCCUGUCUUCCUAUACACUAAAUAAACUGGUGAGCAAUACUACUUUUCUCUAUACCAUACCAACCUGGCACUACAAGGUUUACUACAACCUUGAAAGAUUCAAUUCACACAUAUUUAAAUGAUAUUGAGAUAAAUUGAGAAAUGUCUUCAAAUUGAGCUUUGACUUCGUCCUCAUGUAGAAGCCCUCCUGUCAAGUUUGAGGAGUUGUUGAUCAUUGGCAUCCCAUUUCAGACAGUGCAACAGCCAAUCACCUGUUGAGCACUGUCACAAAGUUUCACUUGCAACGUUUUUAAAUAAACUCAAACGUUUCCCAUUCGUUGGCUCCUAAAUGCUUCCUAACACAAUGAAAGAUGUAGUCUCCUGUUCUUAAAGAUAUUGAGAGGUUGGGUUUUAAAGCACAUAAGGGGUGGCAUUGUGGCAAUAAGAAUGGCUUGAGCUUGUGAUAUCUUGUUAUUUUCUGUUACCUAGUUUCUGUCGUCCUAUUUCUCUACCACGUACCACUGUUACGCAUACAUUGAAGCACUGUAUUGCAUGUGGCUGUAAGUAGGCUACUACUUAUGAUAUGAGGUCUUAUCUGCAAUUGUGAUGUACAAACAACUUUAAGCUGUAAAUAAAGAGAUUUGCCCUGGCAUGAUUACAA